CUAUGGCACCUGGUGGCCCAACUCCAGUGCCAGCCACCUCCUGAGGGAGAACUACACCUUCCUGGCAUACUACCAGCAUUCCUCCCCUGUGGCCCUCAUGUUCAUCCUGGCCUACACCUUCAUCUUCCUCAUGUGCGUGAUCGGCAACGUCCUGGUGUGCUUUGUCGUGGUGAAGAACCGCCAGAUGCGCACGGUCACCAACAUGUUCCUCCUCAACCUGGCCAUCAGCGACCUGCUGGUGGGCAUCUUCUGCAUGCCCACCACCCUGGUGGACAACCUCAUCACAGGUUGGCCCUUUGACAACACCAUGUGCAAAAUGAGCGGCCUGGUGCAGGGCAUGUCCGUCUCUGCCUCCGUUUUCACGCUGGUCGCCAUCGCUGUGGAGAGGUUUCGCUGCAUUGUCCACCCCUUCCGGCAGAAGCUGACGCUGAGGAAAGCCCUGCUGACCAUCGCCAUCAUCUGGGUGCUGGCCCUGCUCAUCAUGUGCCCUGCUGCCGUCACCCUGACUGUCACCAGGGAGGAGCACCACUUCAUGGUGGACACCUACAACAACUCCUACCCUCUCUACUCCUGUUGGGAGGCCUGGCCCGAGACGGAGAUGAGGAGGAUCUACACCAUCGUCCUCUUCUCCCACAUCUACGUGGCUCCCCUCGUCCUCAUUGUCAUCAUGUACGCCCGCAUCGCCUUCAAGCUCUUCAAGUCGGUGGCGCCUGCCCACGGCGGAGAGGAGCCGGAGGGCAGGAGGAUCUCCCGGAGGAAGGCCAAGGUCAUCAAUAUGCUCAUCAUUGUUGCCCUCUUCUUCACCAUCUCCUGGCUGCCCCUCUGGACACUGAUGCUGCUGACUGACUACGGGCGGCUGAGCGAGGGCCAGCUCCGCCUGCUCGCCGUCUACAUCUACCCAUUCGCCCACUGGUUGGCCUUCUUCAACAGCAGUGCCAACCCCAUCAUCUACGGCUACUUCAAUGAGAACUUCCGGCGGGGCUUCCAGGAGGUCUUCAGGGCCCCCCUCUGCUCGCUCCGCUGCCAGCGCAGGCCCUACGCCCCCCGGAGCCACGGCCGCGGGACCCUCUUUGGCACCCGCAACCGCAUCUUCACCCAGGCGCGAAACAGCGACUCGCCGGCCAUGUCCGAGUCGGGGCCGCUGGCCCCGCGCCGCGCUGGCGUCCCAGCGUGGGACAGCUAAGGAGCCAUGGUCACCAAA